AUGGAGGAGUCUGAGGAAGAUUUAUCAAUGGUAUCUGAUGCUUCUUCUGGACCUCCACAUUAUGAUAACGAAGACUGUUGUCAGAAUUGGUAUCCUUGCCUUUCUUCUACAACCAAAGAAUCCCAAAAGAAGAAGGUCAAAGAAUAUGCCAGAAGUCAACAGUCUUCACCUCUCGAUGACACUGCAAGCUCUCCGUUUUUCAACUAUCCCGUGGAGAGUCACAAGAAGCAAGACAGUUUCCCCGGGAAUGGAGAAGUUGAGAGUGCAUUGGAUUUUUCUCAAUGCGUAUCUGCGACAAGAAUAAAGGUAAAACUCAAGUUCUAG